AUGAAUUUGACAAACGAAAUAAAAGCUUUGCCGAAGACAAAACCGCCAUUGUUAAGAUCUCGAACUUUACCGUCCAUUGUGGUACCCGGUUUAAACAUUCUUCAAGCUCAAAUCGAUGUCAAAUACAGAACGGGGGGUACACAAUCACUGAAUGAAUGUUUUUUAAAAGAAUUUAAACACGUCGGUUGGUUGUUGUUUGUUUGA